AUGGGAGUCAGAUCUAAAUCAAAAGAAAUGCAUGAACGAGACCACACUUCAGAUAGCUCCAGUCUAGUAACCUCGCUGAUGAAAUCCUGGAGAAUAUCAUCGGUGUCUUCGUCUUUUUCUAAAAAGCCAUCAUUGUACAAAAUGAACACCAGCGAAUCUACCAGCUUGCCAUCAGGUUACACGUCGUCUGCUGAUAGAGAUAGAAGAACUAGCGACGGUAAUUUCGAAGCCAUGGCCAAGCAAAAGGCAAGAACUAGGCGCACCUCGAAUUCCUACUCGCCUUUAAGAUACGUGAGCCCCACUUUGAGCACUGCAAGUAACGAUAGUCCCCGACCCGCCCUACUCUUACGCCAGCAUCACCAGCGUCAUCAUCACCAUCAGCAAGCCCACCAUAAUAGCAGUAGCGGCAGCGUAAACAACAGCGGCAGUAAUAGCAUAGAACCGAACAGGAAGAAUGAUCGAUAUUUUAAAGAUUUGGAUGAAGAUUGGAGUGCCGUCAUCGAUGACUAUAACAUGCCUAUUCCCAUGCUCACUAAUGGUGGGUUCGGUACCCCUGUGGCUCCACCAAAUACUUUGUCCAGAAGGUCCACAUCCUCUUCAACUAAUUCGGUCUCCAAUAUGGGACCCUGCACGAUGCGUAAUUCUUCCUCUUCUUUCACAUACCCUCAAUUACCACAACUACAAAAAGACCAGUCGAAUGAUUCGAAAAAGACCCAGCUGGAGAUUGAAAACGAACGGGACGUUCAGGAAUUGAACUCCAUCAUCCAGCGUAUUUCAAAAUUUGAUGGAAUUUUAAAGGAUAAAACAAUCAUAAAUCAACAAGACUUGCGACAGAUUAGUUGGAACGGUAUCCCGAAAAUACAUAGACCCGUUGUUUGGAAACUUUUAAUAGGUUACUUACCUGUAAACACCAAAAGGCAACAAAAUUUCCUGCAAAGGAAAAGAAAAGAAUACAAAGAUGGUUUGAAGCAUACAUUUUCUGAUCAACAUUCGAGAGAUAUCCCGACUUGGCACCAAAUAGAGAUAGAUAUACCAAGAACGAACCCUCAUAUCCCCUUGUAUCAGUUCAAAUCCGUACAAACUAGCUUGCAACGGAUAUUAUAUCUUUGGGCCAUUAGACAUCCUGCCAGUGGGUACGUGCAAGGUAUUAAUGACUUAGUCACACCGUUUUUCGAAACUUUCCUUACGGAAUAUUUACCGCCUUCUCAAAUAGAUGAUGUGGAAAUAAAGGACCCUUCUACAUAUAUGACAGAUGAACAAGUAACAGAUUUGGAAGCGGACACGUUUUGGUGUCUCACCAAACUGCUAGAACAGAUUACUGAUAAUUAUAUUCAUGGACAACCAGGUAUACUGAGACAAGUAAAGAACCUGAGUCAACUAGUGAAACGAAUCGAUGCCGAUUUAUAUAAUCAUUUCCAAAACGAGCAUGUGGAAUUUAUACAGUUUGCGUUUAGAUGGAUGAAUUGUCUAUUGAUGAGGGAAUUUCAAAUGGGCACUGUAAUAAGAAUGUGGGACACAUACCUAUCCGAAACAUCACAAGAAGUCACUUCUUCUUCAUAUUCCAUAUCUUCCAACGACAUCAAAUCUCCUGUGACUCCAACAGAACCUCGAGUAGCAAGUUUUGUGACACCAACAAAAGAUUUUCAAUCUCCCUCCACAACACUAUCUAAUAUGACCUCGAAUAAUGGAGUCGAAGACAGCAGCAAAAUGAGACAAUCUUCACUCAAUGAAUUUCACGUAUUCGUAUGUGCUGCAUUCCUCAUUAAGUGGAGUGAUCAGUUAAUGGAAAUGGAUUUCCAAGAAACUAUAACUUUCUUACAAAAUCCACCCACAAAAGACUGGACUGAAACCGAUAUCGAAAUGCUGUUGAGUGAGGCCUUUAUUUGGCAAUCUCUUUAUAAAGACGCUACAUCCCAUUGGCUGUAA